UGUGACGUUUCCGGAAGUUUUUAGACAAACAUGGCGGAAGACGAGAAUCCAUUUGGCGACUUUGAACAAAUAGACUUUCUGAGAGACCGGCAUGUUAAAUAUUUCCAGAGAUGUUUACAAGUCUUACCGGAGAGAUACUCUUCCCUGGAGACCAGCAGGUUAACCAUUGUGUUUUUUGCACUUUCUGGCUUGGAUGUACUGGAUGCCUUGGAUAUUAUUGAUAAACCUGAUUUAAUAGAAUGGAUCUAUUCAUUACAAGUCCUUCCUACUGAAGACAAAUCGAAUUUGGAUAGAUGUGGAUUCCGAGGGUCUUUGCAUUUGGGAGUUCCAUACAACCCAUCGAAGGGCCCAGGUAUAUCUCAUCCAUAUGACAGUGGUCAUGUUGCAAUGACCUACACAGGUCUGGCCUGCUUGAUUAUCCUGGGAGAUGAUCUGAGCCGGGUGAAUAAAGAGGCCUGUUUAGCGGGUCUGAAGGCGCUCCAGCUGGAGGAUGGCAGUUUCUAUGCUGUUCCAGAAGGGAGUGAAAAUGACAUGAGGUUUGUGUACUGUGCUGCAUGUAUCUGCUACAUGCUAAAUGACUGGUCUGGUAUGGACGUCAAGAAAGUCAUCGACUACAUCAGAAGAAGUAUGUCAUACGACAAUGGUGUGGCCCAGGGAGCAGGACAGGAGUCACAUGGUGGAUCUACAUUCUGUGCCAUUGCCACUCUUUGUCUCAUGGGUAAACUGCAGGAGAUCUUCACAGAAAAGGAGCUAAACCGAAUAAGGAGAUGGUGUAUUAUGAGACAGCAAAAUGGUUUUCAUGGACGACCUAACAAACCUGUAGAUACAUGUUAUUCCUUCUGGGUUGGAGCCACACUUGAGCUUCUUGAUGUUUUCCAGUACACUAACUUUGAAAAGAACCGCAGCUAUAUAUUGUCAACUCAGGACCGUCUAGUGGGUGGAUUUGCCAAAUGGCCUGAUAGUCACCCAGAUGCACUGCACGCUUACUUUGGGAUCUGUGGUCUGUCAUUGAUUGGGGAAUCUAACCUUCGCAAAGUCCACCCUGCACUGAAUGUGAGCAUAAGAGCUUUUGAACACCUGAAGCACCUGCAUCAGACGUGGAAAGAAAAGAGCAACAGACCCCAUACAGAGUCUGAGUCCAUCUGUACAUGAGACCUUUGCACUCCAAUAGGAAAUAUCGAGCAACUAUUUUAAAAAGCCAUGUGCAAUUAAGGGUGCAGUAAAGCAGUGCUGGAUUUGUAUGUACCAAAUCAAUUAUUGUCAACAUUCUUAGCAAUAUCCCAAGACUUAGUGGGUAGCAUGUUGAACACUUACUUGUGAUUGAACUUAAUGGAGUGAUAAAUAAAUAAUAGAGCCUGAGAUUUUUAAUUAUUGAAAGCAGACUGAAGGAAUGGGCUUUCCAUGGCCUGCCAGAUGAACAGCUAGUGUUAGGUUAGCAACAAGGAGGCUUGAAUUCUUUUGUUCUUUCAGAAGUCAGAGUCCAUUAAUGAAAGCUAAUCAGUCUUUGGUACCUUGUGUCUCCUAUAUGUCCUGUUAAAUGUUCGGACAGUUUUAUUUAAGUCAAUUUUAAGACUUUUGACUUUCAUAAACAUUUUUUUCUUUAUUUCAAAUGCUCAGAAAAACUUUGCUUUACCAAUUUAAGUUUCUACAAUGAGGGAAAAGGGGAGAAAUCCUAGACAAGACAUAAUCCUAAAAUAUUCACUCUUAAAUUUCUGGAAGGAAUUAGGGGAAUACCAAAAAGCUUUUAAUGUGACAGUUUUUUUUAUUAAAAGCCCAGCUUUAAAAGACAAUAUGACAGCUUAUGUUAUACAAAGAUUCAUGUAUUGCACUGCGUGCAGAAAUGAAAGGCAUGCUACCCACAGAAAAUCACAAGGGUUAGUUUAGUUGCUCUUAGGUUUCUUUGCUACUAAGACACGUGAAUGUUUGCUCUAAGUAGUGGUAUACAUAACAAGCACUGUUUGAACAACACGUAUUCAAUGUUGAGCCUUCAAUGUAAAGUUCUUUAUACUAAUUUUUCUAAAUGAGUUUUCAAAAUAUUCUGUUUAUAGAAUAAAACUCUACAUGUAUACAAAUAUUUUAUUGUUCUUCAUUAAAACUCUUCAGUAUCCAGUGACCCUAGAACAGGAUUGGUUUAAAAGCAUCUUAAUUCACAUCAUUAUUCAGAUUAAUAUUUCAUAUAAGCAGCUUUUCACUUUAGAUUUUACAUUACAUUUUUCAUUGCUUUUCAUUUUUUGUUAUAAAUGUGGAGGUCUCUGUAAACCAAACAUUUUAAAUUAAUUACUUUAAAAGCUUGAAGGUGGGUAUCUCUUUAAUUUGAUAUGAUGCCUUUAACUAACCUCUUUUAAUAUUUUUCUAUAUUGUUUCAAUCUAUGAAAUACUGAAGUGAUCUCAUAUCAUUUUCUUCACAUCUGCUAUUCCUUUGUACUCUUCCUCAUACACUUAUUAAUAUGGAAGGGGCAUAAUUAUUCAAUCUAUUUUCAGUCACAUUUUCUGAACUGACUGGUUUGCAGGAAUCUUAAUUAACCGGGGUUGUGUUACUAGCUUUUACCACAUGUAAAACACAUUUCUGAUGAAAGGGUCAUACACCUUGGAUAAUUAACAUGGUUAAAUGUAAAGCUACUUUACACUUUUGUGAUUUAAAUUUAUUAUUUUAAUUUCUGUGCCUUUAAAAAGUAUUUGGAAAAGGAGUGAGCCUAGUUUCAUUUCAAAAGUUGGAGACAAGGGACAAGAUUCUGUAAUUUAUUCAGUGUUAAAAUGAAUGAGUUGCAAUAUGAAAAUUGUUUGGGACUCUUCUUUACUUAUCUCUUCACAUAUAAUUGAUUGUAUUUCUGAAUUUAGUUUUAAACUGCUUUCAUCUAAAUUUUGACAUACAAAGGUAUUUUAUUAAACCUUAAUUUACCAUUUAACAUUGUUGCUUUUUUUCAUCCCCUAGGUCAUAAAAGCUGAAUUCCAUUGGUAGUUUUUGAAAAUCUUAUUUAUUUGAUGGUUAGUUUUAGAUGAGAUUGGAAUAUCCGCAUUUUAAGCUUUAGUUGAUGCUAAAAAUGAAAGGGUCAUUCUCACUGGAGACUUUUAUUAUUUUUGUGUAAGAUCUUAUAUGGUGGUCUCAAUAAACAAAGCCUCACUUUACACAAUGUCAUUAAAAUAUGAAAGGUAAGAGUAUUUCCAUUUCAAUAUUCUGAGCUAAUCAAAGAUACACUUUCUCCCCCUGUUCAGUUACCUGUCUAAAUCUCAUGUUUUGUGCCUCAUUCCUUUUGGCUUGGUCUCCUAUGUACUGUAAUUGCCAAUCACUCUCAAUUAUUCGUUGUGAGGACUUAAAUUACUAUGGAAACGCUUUAUUUAACAAGGUAAUGUGUGCAGCAAAGUGGUGCUUUCCAGGAAUAAAAAUAAUCCACAGAUUUGUCCAAGAUGUGUUAUAUUAAGCAUUAACAUUUUAUGUUCAGCAUGCGUAGGCUGCAAAGGAACAAGUAAUAGGUUUAUUCCAUGCUGAAAAAAAGAAGAAACACAACGUUUCGGCCAUGGAGCCUUCUUCAGGUGUGAACAUUUUAUGUUGUUGAGUUUCCCCAGGCACCAAAACCAGAAUUCCCCUUCAAAGCCGCAGGUGUUAGAACAGUAGUAAGAUUAUGAGUGAGAGGACCUUGUUUGGUUGCUAGUAUUUGGUUGUUGAGGAUCUCAUCCAGACUGUUAUUGAAGGGAGAAGGUAUAUGUUCCCAUUCAAUAAAAUGUCUGGAAAGCAUGUUCCAGAUUCAAAAAAUGUGCUUCCUAUUCUCAGUUUUUAAUUGUUUUGCCAUUCUAAGGAUGGUCAUUGGAUUGUCUUCUCUGACCAAAACCAAGACCAAAAUUAAACCUGUUCUUAUAGUCCGGCAUAGAUGAACAUUUCUUUGAGGACCAGGUUGUAUCUGGUCACACUUCUCUGGAGACUCCAUUGCAGCAAUAUCUUUUUUGUUACGUGGUGAUGCCACUUUCUAAACAAGGUCAAAAUAUAAAUUCUCAAACAAGAAUGGUAACAGAGUGAAAGAAAAAAUUAACUAUGAAAAAUAAACUAGAUGAGAUCAUUUUUAUAAUAGUGUAAUUCAGAAGUGUUUUAUGCUUAGGAAGCUGUCUCCUGUCUUGCUGCUUAAAGUAGUUUUACAAUAAGGAUAUCUAGUGUACACGGAGAUGGUCCGUUUCCACCUUUUUGUCUCAAGCUUUAGCUCCUUCUUUCAAGUAAAUUUGUCUUAUUUUAAAAUUUAACUUCAUUUAUCUGCAAAGAACUGCAGAGUUACAUGUGUUAUUAGAGAGGUUUUAGCAACUACUAGCUACCUUUUAAUACUUUUAUGAAAGUGCUUCUUCGCAUUUUUUCCUUAUGCCAAGCAAUGACACUGUUAAAAUAACAAAAUUG